UGUUGGAGUUGAAGCUGUUAGGUUGUUGAGAGAUGGAGAAUCAAAACACAAAGGGUAAAGAAUUUGAGAAAUCCCCUUGGAAGAAUGACCAAUUCACAUGGAAGAUUAAUAACUUCUCUAAAUAUGAUUCUAAGACGUACUCAGAGAGUUUCGUCCUCAGUGGCUUUCCAUGGCGGAUUAUUAUGUAUCCAAAAGGGAACAAGAACAGCUUAGGUUACUUGUCAUUAUCAAUUUAUUUGGAUAUUAGUGAAAUUGAUAAUUUUCGUAAGGAGUGGAGAAGAUAUGUUAAUCUUGAGUUGUCUGUUACUAAUCAAAGCAUUGGCUCGCUCACAAUUGUAAAAGAAACUGAACAGGAGUUCAAAUCAAGUAAUCAUUAUUGCUGGAGUGUCGACAAGUUCAUACAUUUGGAUGAACUUCGCAACUCUUGGAAUGGGUUUAUUGUGAAUGAUACUCUUAUUAUUAAAGCUCGGAUUACUUCUGUCAAAGAUCGGUUUUAUAAAAGACUGAAAGUCGAUGAAGAAGUUAGUGAGACAGAAAGUUCACCAGCACAACCAAUUUCUGUCAUGGAAAACUCUACGAUGCCCUCAUGUGACAAUUUAGUCGAUUUCAAGGGUUUAGGCAGAAUAGAAAAAGAAUUUGUUCCCCUGCUAGAGGAAGUAUGUUCACAGCAUCCCUCGCUUGUUGACAACCAAAGGAAGAGAAAACGUACUCCUCGGUUUACAGAAUGGGCAUUCACAGCAUUAGGUCGAGUUCUACAUUUUCUAAACACUAAAACGGUGAAAGAUAUGAAUGAAGAUGGUUGUCAUAAUCUCCAAAUUUUAUGGGAAGAACUUGAGACUGUUGGUUUUGACUUGUCCUGGUUGGAGCCUCAUUUUCAAUCUGCAAUGAGUAAGAAAAAUUAUGUUCAGAAAUAUGAAAAUGUGAAAAAGCUGAGGAAGAAUGUAGCUACUCUAGAGAGGAAUCUUGCAAAGGCAAGAAAACAGUUGGUUGAAGCAGAAAAAGGCUUUGUUGAGAAGGAUUUGGAUGCUAAACUAGGAUAUGGAGCACCCUAGACUUGUGUUAUUUCUUAAACAUGCACUUUUUUUUGCAGCUAAACUAGGUUAUUAAGCACCCUAGACUUGUGUGUUUUUUUUUUUUUUUUUGUUGACAAAGUGUUGUUUCUUAAAUAUGCACUCUUUUGCAACUAAUCUAGGUUAUGGAGCACCCUAGACUUAUGUUAUUUAUUUUAUCUAUGUUUAUUAAACAUGCACUUCUUGAUGAUUUUUUUUAAUUAUAUAAAAUAUUUACCUGGGUAUGCUUUGAAUUU